GCCUGGACCUUGGGCACGAUGUCCCGUGAGCCUGCGUGGGGCUGCAGGGCAGCCGGGCAGAACUGGGUGAGUGUUGCAGGCUGCUCCGUGGGGCUGGGGAUGCACACAGCAGGGAUGCAAUGACCCACGGAUCAGACAUUGACUGUUGUGCCGCCGUUUUUUUUGAUGCCACAGGGAUGCCCGUGAGUCCAGCUGGGGCACGGGGCAGCAAUGGUGAGUGCUGGGGUCUGGAGAGGGGGUCCACGUGUGUGAGGGCGCCUUUGGGAGCGCUGCCCUGUGCCAUGGUGCGGGCAGGGUCCAUGUGUGCUGCGGGCUGAGCGCCUGCCCUGUGUCACUCGCAGGCAGCCCCCGCAGCCACAGGAGCCCCCCAGCACCCCUGCGUGUGACCCCGGGAAGUUGCGUCUUAUAGAGGAUGCUGAGGGCUGGCAGCCCCGCACCGGGACCUCCCAGUCCCGCUCCUUCCGCAAACUGGCCCGUCUGACGGGCACGGACGGCAGUAAGUUCCCGCAGGUCCCGGUGCUGCCUGGGCGUGCCCGGCUUUGCUGGAGCAACUGGAACCAGAUAAAGGCUGGGAUGUAUCAUGGCAGCGGAGCUUUAGUUUUGGCUCCUCUGUCCCCUCGGGGGAGGCUGAGCUGGGGGGUUUUACCCGGGGCUGUGCGUGGGAUGAUGGUGGAGCCGCUGGGCUGGGGCCGUGCUCUGCCCCGUGGCCGGGCAGGGCUGUGUGUUGCGCAGGAGGAUGGUGGGAGGAGAGGUCGGUUUUCCUUCCUUUCCCGCUGUUCCUGGGCCUUGAUUGCUGCAGACUGACCCUGUUUCCUCCUUUCUGUCCUGCUGCGCUCAGUGGAGGAUCAUGAGGAUGAGCUUGUUAAAACGCCCAGGGAUGCCCGUGGGUCCAGCUGGGGCACGGGGCAGCAAUGGCAGCCCCCGCAGCCACAGGAGCCCCCCAGCACCCCUGCGUGUGACCCCGGGAAGUUGCGUCUGAUAGAGGAUGCUGAGGACUGGCAGCCCCGCACCGGGACCUCCCAGUCCCGCUCCUUCCGCAAACUGGCCCGUCUGACGGGCACGGACGGCAGUAAGUUCCCGCAGGUCCCGGUGCUGCCUGUCUGACGGGGGUUGCUGGACUUUGCCAGUGUACCCAGAACGCGGUGGAGGCUGUGGGGUGAUGUCGCACCAGGGUCUUGAUUUUGGCCCUCUGUGGCCCCUCUGUGCAGGUUGAGCUGGUGGGGUUUACCCGGGGCUGUGCGUGGGAUGGGGCCAUGCAGGUGCCGCUGGGCUGGGGCCCUGCUUUGCCCCGGGGCCGGGCAGGGCUGUGUGGCUGGGGCAUUGGGAUGGGAGUUCUGUGGGACAGGAGGUCGGUUUUCCUUCCUUUCCCUCCCCUUCCCGCUGUCCCUGGGCCUCGUUUGCUGCAGACUCACCCUGUCUCCUCCUUUCUCUCCUGCUGCGCUCAGUGGAGGAUCGUGAGGAUGAGCUUGUUAAAAAGCCCAGGUAAGGGGAGCGUGUGCCAGGGCGGCAGCAGGAGCCACGGGGUGCCCACCUGGGGCUAAGCCCACCCGGCUGGUUCACCCUCGCGCUCACUGCUUGGGGUGACUCUGGGAAAGCUCUUUGUCCUGUUGCUCUUUCUUCUCUCCUCUCCUCCUUCUCCAUCUGCCUGUUCCUUCUCUGUCCUCUCCCUCUCCUCAGAGCCGAGCUGUUGGCAGAGCCGGCCAUUUGCUCGCCCCGUGACGGGCACCACCAGCACUCAGCCACUGCUCUGACCAUCACCUCGUGAGGGUCCUGCCCGGGCAGGUGCCUGCCAGGCAGGCCGUCCCCCACCUGUGGUGUCUUUCCAGUGGGUUGUCUCCGUGCCGGGCAGGACCCAGUGGGCACUGCUGGCACCGAGCAGGUGAGGCCGAGCUGAACCAACAUGACACAGUGGACAAUUGUCCAGUGUGGGUUGUUGGGAUCACUGUCCGGUUGGGGACAGCCUGCCUGACAGCCGGCUGGUGGCACUGGCAACAAACACCUUGCUGGGGUGCUGGGAGGCGCUGGGCAGUGCCUGGAUCUGGGGCACGAUGUCCUGUGGGGCUGCGGGGUGGCUGCAAGGCUGGUUUGGAGUGAAUGCUGCCGGUAUCUUUGUGGAGCCAUGCCUCUGUAGGGCCGGGGGUUGCGUGUGAGAGGGAUGGACUGAGCCAUGAAUCAAACACUGACUGUUGUGCCGCCGUUUUUCCAAUGCCACAGGGAUGCCUGUGGGUCCAGCUGGGGCACGGGGCAGCAAUGGCAGCCCCCGCAGCCGCAGGAGCCCCCCAGCACCCCUGCGUGUGACCCCGGGAAGUUGCGUCUGAUAGAGGAUGCUGAGGACUGGCAGCCCCGCACCGGGACCUCCCAGUCCCGCUCCUUCCGCAAACUGGCCCGUCUGACGGGCACGGACGGCAUGGAGGAUCAUGAUGAUGUGUUUGUUAAAAAGCCCAGCCAGGUCUCCGUGCUGGACCCGUCCCCAGGAGCAGCGAUGAAGACGGAGCCAGGACUGGCCGCCAGGACCCCUGCUGCCACCCCCGGCCCUGCCAGCCGCCCGCCCUGGGCUGUGGACCCCUCGUUCGCUGAGCGCUAUGCCCCAGACAAGACGAGCACGGUGGUGAGCAAGCACAGCCAGCCGGCCACGCCGACCCCCAUGCAGAACCGCAGCUCCAUCGUGCAGGCGGCGCAGCAGGCCCCCGAGGGGCCCGGCCGUACGCCCCUCUGCUACAAGUGCAACAAGGUCAUCAGGGGACGCUACCUGGUGGCGCUGGGACAUUAUUACCACCCCGAGGAGUUCACCUGCUGCCAGUGCAGGAAGGUGCUGGAUGAGGGUGGCUUCUUUGAGGAGAAAGGCUCCAUCUUCUGCCCCAAGUGCUACGACACGCGCUACGCGCCCAGCUGCGCCAAGUGCAAGAAGAAGAUCACUGGGGAGGUCAUGCACGCGCUGAAGAUGACCUGGCACGUGCAGUGCUUCACCUGUGCUGCCUGCAAAACUCCCAUCCGCAACCGUGCCUUCUACAUGGAGGAGGGACAGCCCUACUGCGAGAGAGACUACGAGAAGAUGUUUGGCACCAAGUGCCGCGGCUGCGACUUCAAGAUUGACGCUGGGGACCGGUUCCUGGAGGCGCUGGGGUUCAGCUGGCACGACACUUGCUUCGUCUGUGCGAUCUGCCAGACCAACCUGGAAGGGAAGACGUUCUACUCCAAGAAGGACAAGCCGCUCUGCAAGAGCCACGCUUUCUCCCACGUGUGAGGGACGGGAGUUCAGCUGUGCCCACGCGUGCCCCUGGCCCUGCAUGCUCCUCUCCCCCUCCCCUGCUGCCCCCAGGGAGCCAGGCUGGGCCCUCACCCCUUCCCCUUGCUCCUGCCUCUUUCCUGGCAGCUCCUGGCCCAGCUCCAGCCGGAGGUGACACUGGGCCCAGAGCCCCUUAUAGUCGGGUGGCUUCUUCAGUGUCCCCCGGCUGGCCCCAGGAGCCCCAGGAAGGAGACGCUGCAUGGAUCUCCUGCCCCUGAGCCACACAGCAUGGUGGCCAUGGCCGAGCCUGGAGUCAGGGUGGGUCUAGCACAGCAGACUCCAUCGUUCGGCUGGGGCCCGGCUGCCUGGCAGCUCAGUGCCGGGGCAGGGAUGCUCCUGGCACAUCCCUGAGCGGGUGAGGACCAGCUCCCCAGCCCCCUGCCACGCUCUCCCCCACCUUCCCCGCUGUGUGCUUAGUGCAUAGGGCUGGAGACCCGGCCCCGCUCCCCUGCCAGGGUCCUGCCCAUGGCAACCCCCUGGCCACCCUGCAAACGGCUGCGGUGGCUUCCUACCCCGGCUGCGUGCCAGGGAGGGUCUGUACCUCGUGUUCCCCCACCCCACUGGCCUGCUGAGCUCCUGGGGCUGGUGUGCGGCAGCACUCCCAGCCUGGCCAUGCCGGGAAGCAGGGCAGCGUGCCAAGCCCACCCCAGCCGCGGGCUAGCAGUGUGUGCUGGUGGCUGGCCGGCCCGCGGGCUCCCACAAGGCUUGGGAACAGCUUCCUACCAAAGAGCGCCUGCCACUGCUGUCCCAGGCCGGUAAAUGCCUCUCCCAAACCCACACUCUCCAGUUGGGCUGCUGCUGAUGUAGCCACGGUGCUUUUAGUGCCUUUAAUAAACACUUCUUC